UUUGAUUUGGCCAUCAUGGAAGCAAGAUUGACCGAAUUGUCGAUUGCGGCGCGCGUGACUGCCGUCGAAGAGGAGGUCCAAGCAUUCCUGAGGUCACUGGACACGCUGAAGAAGUCCACCACGCUCGCGCAACGCAACCACGAGCGCAAGAAGCUCUACAAAACCGAGGAAUUCAUUCGCUUGGACAUUGAGGACGAGCUGCUCAAGUUGCACGAGGUUCCGCCGACCGCGCCCGAUGCCCCCGUGCCAUCUGACGAGCUGUCUCAGUGUAAGGAUCCUCUGGUCGUGGGCUACGCCACGCGUUUGAAUGCCCUCCGCGCGCUCUUGACGUUGGAGAUUCAGCCGUCCAGCCAUACCAUCCUCGAAAAAGUGUACAUGUUUGUCCGAGCGGCGACGUUUGCGCUCGUCAUGUUUGGUGGGUUCUUUGUCGUGUGCUUUCUAGUGCCUCUCCGAUGGAUCCACCUGAUCUUGCGCCAAUUUGGUGUCCCCAACUACUACCUGCCCAUGGAUUGGAUCCAAACAACGUUCGGACUCGCGCUCUGCGUGGCGUCGGGCAUCCAGAUCUCGACCAACGACCGGGUCAACCUCACGAUGGAGACGACGAAGAACGAUCCGACGGUCGUCAUGUUCACGUACGUUUCCUCCCUUAUCAUCAUGCCGCAUUCCGUCGUCAUGCCUAGACACGGCUCCAACUUGGAUGGGUUGAUGAUCCAAGGCACGUCGCCGACGUCAUUGAAAUUCAUUGGCAAGAAGGCGCUGUUCAUGCUUCCCAUUGUGGGCUGGGGAUUCCGUUGGGGAUUUGGGAACAUUCCCAUCGAUCGAUCCAAUCGGGAAGCGUCCAAGCGAAGCCUCAAAGUGCUGGCUAAAGCCGUACUGGAAUACGGCCGAUCCGUGGCCAUCUCACCCGAAGGGUCGCGCUCCAAGACUGGACAGUUGCAAGACUUUAAGAAAGGGCCAUUCUACUUGCAAUCAGACGUCAACAAGUCCAUCACGCCGGCCAUCGUCCACGGCGCGUUCGAGCUAUGGCCGCCCGGCCGCAUCUUCACGUUGUCUGGCAAAGCGCAUGUGGACUACCUCCCUCAGUUCCAUGUCGACCCGCACAAGUCCCGCAACGCCAACCGCCUCGCGCUUCGCCGUGUGUACUUGACGGCAUUGGCGAAACCCGUGCCAGCGGACCUGUCGACAGCGCCAGACACGCCGCACGUUCUCAUGCAUGUGUGGAGCAUCAUGUGCCUGUGGGUCGUGAUCCCUGGCGCCGUCGCGGCCAUCUGCGGCGCCAUUUCCAGGCUCAGCACCGUCCUCGGCGUCUCCACGACGUCGGGCACGGCGCAAUUGGUGGCGUCUGUGAUGCUGGGGUUGGAAACAUUCAUGCAUUUUACAUGUUAACUAUAUACAGACACCGGCGGUCGUGAAUAUUACUACUAGUGAAAAUGUGUGACAACGUUACACCUCGUCCGCUUCGGCCAGUUCCUGCGACAGCGUGCGGGCUCGGUCGACCACGCUGUGGUUGGGGACGUCCACUGGGGGUGCUGCUACUGCCGCUGUUUCAGUGGCGGCGGCGGUGGCCACAUGGAGCGGCGGCUCCGCGGGGGAUGUCGUGGAUGAAAGUGAAAACACCCGCUGCGCGUCCACGACUUCAUUCGGCGGGGGGUCCUGCAGUUCGUCCUUGGCCAUCUCGGCCACAAACACAUUCGCGUCGGCAUACCCCUUGACGAUGUUGCCUGCAUGUUGGCUGCGUCGGAGGUACGCGCCUUCCAACUCGUAGAUUUGCCGCUCCAGUUGGGUCAAUUCUUCUUGUUCGUCGGAGCGUUUGCCCAUCCACGCUUUGAGUUCUUCGUCCAUCUUGCGGGUCUCCUCGUCCAUCUUUAACGCCGCCGCUGCGGUAGUACUAGUAAUCUCGUCGUCGUGUGCAUGUGGUAUCGAGUCAGUGGCGGCGGGUGGGUCGUGGUCGGCGUCCUCCUUACUCUUGGGGACGCUGACACCUCGUGGUGACCGUCGACGACGCACGGCACCCGCCUGUGUCUCGUUGGUCGAUUCGUGUGUGUCUAUCUCGACCGGUUUGCCGUGUCGUGAAGGUCGUCGUGGUGUGGUCGAUUUGGCGACCUUGGACUUCUUGGACGGCGGCGGCAGCUUCGCGGGGGACUCGACAACUUUACGCUUGGCAGCAGACGUGGGGGACCCGGUGUUGCCGCCGCACGUACACGAACACUUUGAACACGCCGUGCACUCUGCGCACCGCCGCGCUUUGCAUCUACAUGUAAGCUUCGCCCACACCUUUGCUGGUCCGUUGGUCGUCGACAUGGUUUCUGGUUCGGAUACGGAUGGGUGGUUAUCCGGACGUUGGGGCGAUGGGGUGCGAGACAGCGGAGUGGUGGCAUCAUCGUCCGGCGAAUUCUUCGCAGGUUGUUUCGGUAGUUCUGGCUCGAUGUUGCGGGUCGCACGACGUCUACUGGCAACCGUGUUGGACGUGAAGUUGCCUUCCGAGGACAUGGGAGACUGAGGCACUGGCGACUUCUUCGCUCCAUCGAGUGGACGCAGCGGGCGUUGUGGCGGGCCAUUGCAAUAGCAUUGGCACUUGACACACUGCUGACAGUCAGAACAUCGGCGUGACUUGCAUCUACAUUUGACGACCGUCGCCGUCUUGAUCUUGGAGGGCUUCGUGGACUCGCGGGCAGCCUGCACGGCCGAGUCCAUCGCCUCAACUACUCGAGUGGUUUGAAUGAGCUUCAUUCUGCGCUGCUCUCUGCAGUUUUACUGGAAGCAAGAAUCCGGAUAGUUGAACAACCGGACAUAACGGUCUAAAAAC